CUGCAGGUCACCAGCUUCACCACCAUCGGCAAGAAGGGCACCAUUCCAAUGCCGUCGUCGAGCGCCAUUAGCGCGCUGCAAAUGAAUCAGCAGCGUCAAAUAGCCACCAUUGAAACACCACCGAAUAGCGCCUCGCUGCCAAUGCAGAUACCCACAGUGACGUGCGAUCUCGCGUCGGACAUUUCCACAUCGGAGGCAGCCGACAUGGAGCCGCAUCCACUCGUCUAUCCGAAUGGCAACUCAAACGUACCGUCCCCGCUCAGCAUGCUCACGCCUGGUUCACCAAACUGCACGCUGUCCGCGACGGACCGGGAAACACUGAAGGUGAGUACAAUAGCGACGAGCCGCGGCGCCCUAAAUGUGCCCGUGCCACCGUCAAUGGCCGCUGCAGCUACGUCCAAUUCACCAGCUUCCAACAAUAAUAACAAUGAUAGUGCCACGCCCAUCGGCACUGAUGGCGUGACUAGUGGGACGGCGCCAACAACAACUGCCACAGGAGCCUCCAAUGCCAUGUCCACCGGCGCGACGCUAAUGACACCGAACGCGAGUGGUGGCGCAGCGGCGGCGACAGCAGGCGCAUCACCAAAUGAGUUACGCGUCUCUCCUAUAGCAGGCCGGUGUCGCGCACUCUCGGUAGGUAUUGACACCGAUAUGGUUAGCGAAUUCGAUCCAUCCAGCUCCGAUUCGGGUGUGGUAAGUCGUUGCGCAGUGGUAAAGCCGCUGAAGUUCCGACUAUGCCAACCGAUCUUCGGACGCAAAGCGGCAAACCAAGCGCGACGAAACGAAGCAAAGGCGACUGCCACAGCGGUGGCGACAUCGAAAACAUUGAAACCCUCCGAAGUGGUAAAAGCCGAACUGGAACCGGCCAUACCAAAGGUUCAAAAACCACGCGAUCCCGAAAAGGAGAAGCGGCGCAUCGCUCGCAAAAAAGAGAAGCGUGCCACACUUAUAUUGGGUCUAAUUAUGGGCAGUUUUAUAGCCUGCUGGUUACCUUUCUUCUUCCUCUACAUCCUGGUGCCGGCCUGUGGCAGCUAUUGCGACAUACCGGAUUCGGCGUUCGCGAUCGCUUUCUGGCUGGGCUACAUGAACUCCGCCUUGAAUCCGGCCAUUUACACCAUCUUCAACAAGGACUUUAGGCGCGCCUUUCGGCGUAUACUAUUCAAGUGA